AUGUUUGCCUUACUCUUACUGUUCGCUGUAUCAGUGGUAGCGACCGAUAACAACCAAUGGCUUCCAGAAAUGCACCAGUUUGUAGAUUUCAACGAUAGGACAGAGGGUUCUUCAAACGGCGGUUUACCUCUAUGCUAUACAGACGAGUUUGAUGGCCCAUUAACUAAUAAUAAGAAUUUUAUGCAAGAUAUAACCAAAUUAAAUCGAGAAAGAAUUCCGGAAAGAGUUGUUCACGCGAAAGGCACCGGAGCAUUUGGUUAUUUUGAACUAACACAUGAUAUGUCGCAUAUAUGUAAAUCCGAAUUUCUAAGGAGUGCAGGGAAGCGAACACCGAUUGCAGUAAGGUUUUCGACAGGAGCAGGAGAACGAGGAAGCUCUGACUUUAAUCGGGACAGUCGAGGCUUUUCAGUGAAGUUUUAUACCAAAGAAGGAAACUUCGAUUUAACCGGGUUUCACACCCAAAUGUAUUUGUACAAAGAUCCACUUCGUGCCAGUACUAUUUUUCAUGGUAUAAAGAGAAUGCCCGGUACGAAUCUGUAUAACUUCAAUCCAUACUGGGACGCAGUCACUUUAGUUCCUGAGACGUUAAACUUUAUCUUAAAUAUUUAUGCUGAUAACGGUAUACCUCUCAAUUACCGACACAUGCCCGGCUUCCCAAUUCACACGUAUCAGGUAGAAAAUGAAUGUGGAGAUUACCAUUUUGUUAGAUUUCAUUUCAUGCCUGAUGCUGGCGUGAAAACUAUUAAGACACAGGACGCUAUGACUCUUGGCGCUACUGACCCUGAUCAUGCAAUAAAAGAUCUAUAUGAAGCAAUUAAAAGAGGUGAAUUUCCCUCAUGGACAGUGAGUGUUCAGAUUUUAACCAUGGAUGACGUACACAAAGAUGGAUCCAAUGCAUUUGAUCCAUCAAGAAAACUUUCUUCGGAAAAAUAUCCUUUACACCCGGUGGGCAAAAUUGUUUUAAAUAAAAAUGCUAAAAACUUCCACGAAGAAAUAGAACAGCUUGCUUUCUGUCCAUGUCAUUUAGUACCUGGUAUACUCGGAGCACCAGAUAAAUUGUUUGAAAGUCGCGUACUAUUUUAUAAGGAUACACAAUUAUAUCGUUUGGGUAAAAAUCACAAUAAUAUACCUGUUAAUUGUCCACUUCAUAACAUUUAUACCUAUAAUAGAGAUGGUAUGCCGCCUGUGGGAAAAAAUGGUGGAGAUGAUCCCAAUUACUUUCCCAACUCGUAUAAUGGACCACAACCUCUCAUGAAUAAGCAAAGUAACUGCACAAGUGAAGCCAGAUGCCCAGGUUUGAUACAAAUAAAAGAAUCCCCAGCAGAUAAUACUGAUCAAAUUGUCGAAUUUUACAACGAUCUGACCGAAGAAGGACGUGAAAUAUUAAGUGAAAAUUUGUUAAUGCCUUUGAAAACAAUUGAUCAAUUUCUUCAAAAGAAAGUUGUUGAUAUAUUUACGACAAAUCUUCCAGAUUUAGCUAGGCGUUUAGCUAAAGGACUCAAUUGCACGCUGCAAAGCAAUUAA